AUGGAGCAGGGAGUUGACAGGAUUGCAGCAGCCGCGGCGGGCGCCGCGGCGGACGCGGCGGCAGACGACACGGCGGCUACGCAGAAGUCGAAAAAGCGGCGCAGCGGACCCAAGAGCAAGACGUCGCCCUAUGUCGGUGUCACGCAGUACAAGCGCACAGGGCACUGGGAGGCCCACGUCUGGAUUCAGAAUCCGCGGGGCAAGGGCUAUCAGCGGCACCUGGGCAGCUAUGCAACAGCAGAUGUCGCUGCAAGGGUUUACGACCGAGCCGUCCUGAAGCUGCGUGGGAAGGGGGCGGAACUCAAUUUCCCCCUUGCAGACUACGAGGCCGACGCCUUCAUGCAGGAGCAUGUUGGCACGGAUCGCAUCAAAUUCCUGGACCUGCUGCGAGCGCGCUUCUCGUUGCAGGUGGUGCGGGCACCACGCAGCGUGCAGCGUGUGACGGUGCACGAGCACCCUAUCCCAGUGGAGCCGCUGCACGGCAGCCAGCAUCGGCGCUCAACGCCGGCGGCGGCAGCUGCCAGCGUGCAACGGGAGCAGGAUCGGGACCAGAGUGCAGUGCAUGCCUCGCUGCAUUCACCAGCUGGGCGAGGCAAGGGCCUUGUGCGGCCCUCGCUGUCACUGGAGGCCUCUGAGGAGCAGCUCCUGAUCACCACAGCCCCCAUGACCAACUCGCAGAUGCAGCUGCUGCUGCCUGGCCCACCGGGCUCUCUGUUGGCGGGCGGCGGUGGUGCCAACAGCGCAGGCAUCACCCCCUGCUCCUCCCCGGACCGCGCCCUGUCGGCACUGCCGCAACUCUCCCUGGAGAUGCCGCCCCCGCCCAAGCUGCGCCGCACCAGUGCAGACGGCGAGGCUGGUGGCCCUGGCGGAAGCAACGUGCUGGCCUCUGCUGUGCUGCAUCCCUCUUUGGCGGGCGGCGGCACCUUCAUGUUUGGGGCCGGCUUUGGCGGCGGCUAUGGCUAUGGUGUGCCCAACCCGCUGCUUCUGCCCGGGCUGGCGCUCCACCAGCAGGUGCAAGCCUCACAGAUGGCUGCACAGGCUGCUGCUGUUGGCACCAUCCCUGCCACGCCUGCCAACACCAGUGCUGCCGCCCUGCCCGCUCUCUUUGCACCGAGCCCCACCGCCCUUGGCAGCUACAGGCCGCCAGGGCUGCGACUGCCAACCCUCACCGUCGACAACCUACUGCCAGACUGGAUGGCCCUGUUGGGCCCCCAGUGA